AUAACAAUGAAAACAGUUCCAUAGAGUUGAUUGUUUAAUCAGUCUGUUCAAGGUUUAUAAAUUACUAAUUUUACAAAAUUUUUUAGUAAAAAGUUUUUUAAAACCGUCAAGACUUCAAACAUAACAAAAAUGCAAAGCAGACUCACACGGAAUGUGUCACAGGAAGAUAUGUAUCGACAGCAUAGAAAUAAUAUCAAAAAUAUUAAGCCAAAAGUGGAUAACAAAGCACCGUCGCUUAAAAUUACAGCGUAUUACAAGCCUGGAGUUAUUGAAGGAAACGCGGCGAAACUAGCACAAAUAGAAGAUGACAAUUUUAAAUUGAUAACACAUAUUAACACCAUUUAUCGUACGAAGGGUAAAACCGAUUGUUUUAGAUCAAAAUUAUCGAAUAAUAAAUUAAAAGUUAAAAAUAACGAGGUCAAUAUUAUCAAGUUAAACCAGAAAAAAUUGAAAGAAAACUUUGAAUUGCUAGAUAGAAUUCUUCACAUAAAGCCUCAAGUCGAUUUCAAGGAAAUGGAAGAACAUUAUAAAAAAAACGUUGAGUUAAUAAUGUUAAUGAGCAAAUUUCCAGAGAGUUAUAAGAAGAAAAAAUAUCACGAUCCGCUUAUUAUAAACACCGAAUUACCGAAAAGCAUACGAAUUAAAAAAUCCAAGUGCUAUUUGGACAUCAAAGAUUUGACGGAAAAUAGAAGGCUAGGUCGUAUGACAAUUGAAGUUUACGACAGCGUCGUUCCCAAUACAACUGGUAAUUUCAAAAUGCUGUGCCAGCAAAGGUCGGAUGAACUCGAUUACAGCGGAACGCAGAUCUUCCGCAUCGUGCCGGGGCUUUUCUGUUUGGCCGGCGACGUUGAGUACUCGAUUGGACUCGGUGGUUUGUCAGCCACAAAAGGUGAACGGUAUUUCAACGACGAGAACUACACACUCAGCCACAACGCACCAGGUACUCUGUCCAUGUACAACUUUGAAAAAAACGAAAACGCUUCACAAUUCAUGAUCACGUUCAAGCCACUGGCGGUACUUAACGGUAGACAUGUCGUUUUUGGUAGAGUCAUUGGCGGGAUGAAGACGUUAAGACUCAUUGAGGAUUUGGGGUUCGCGACUGGUAAACCAAAACACAAAAUCGUGAUAAGUAAAUGUGGAAUAUUUAACACCUGUUAAACAUGUCCAUAACUUACUGGUACCGCGUGCCACGUUUACACAAUCACCGGUCUUAAUGACAGCAUCAAAUAUUUGUUUUUUACCCUACAACAAUAAUCCAGCUCUUGCAUCGAUGGUUAUAAAGCAAAAUCUAUGUUUUAUAAUAAAAAUAAAUAGUUUAAAAUUAUAACCUA